AUGGCGCAGGCUACGUUGCCUUCACAAUGGAAAACGUUGACCUUCGCCACCAAUGUCAUAGAGGGACUCAUUGAAGAUCACCGGCUGUCAUUUGGCCAGAUUCCACUUAUGAGGUUCCUUAAUGAAGUCAUGAUAAAAAAAUGCCAAGUUUUUCAACCCAAUACUAAUCGAUUUCUCCUAGAAGGGCAAACCAUUGAAAUUAUCUGA